UACUCUGUUUCCCAAAUUUCAUUUACCAAGUCAAUUGGUUUAAUUUUUUUUCUUUUGGGGUAGAAUUAUUUUACCAGAGGAGGUGAAAGAUUGGGGCUUGGUUAGGAAUACAUGCAAUUGAGAUUGUUGGGUAUAUGAAAGUUUGGAACUUUGGUUCUGGGGAAUGCUCUGCGUGUUUUGGUGGAUAAGGUACAGAGGAAUUUGAUUCUUUGGUUUAGGAUUGUUGGGUUGUCAGGAAGUAGGGAAUUGGUAUUUGGUUCUGAUUUUGAUUGAUUUGGAUAGGUCUUGAAAGGGUUUUCUUUGGUUUUGUUUUUGCAGGCAAUGGAAGAGACGUGCUUUGCAGCAGAAUCUCAGCAAAUAGAGGUUCAUUCUUCUAACAACAAUCAGAGAAGUGAUGACACAGUUGAGUGCUCUGGCAGUCCUCUAAGUCAAAAGAUAGCACCUAGAUGGGAUCCAGAGGAAGCAUGCCGGCCUGUCAUUGAUGAUGCACCUGUAUUUUAUCCAACUGUUGAGGAGUUUGAAGAUACAGUUGGUUACAUAGCAAAGAUUUGGCCACAGGCUGAAUCUUAUGGUAUUUGUAGGAUUGUCCCUCCACGUUCUUGGAUCCCUCCAUGCCUUCUUAGAGAGAAACACAUGUGGGAAAAUGCUAAAUUUUCUACACGUGUUCAGCAAGUUGACUUGCUCCAGAAUAGGGAGUCCAUGAAAAAGAAAACUCGAGGUCGGAAGCGAAAACGAAGAAGACACUCAAAGAGACGUGGAGAAGCUAAUGCUGCUUCUGAGACUGAUGAGAAAUUUGGGUUCCAGUCAGGAUCGGACUUCACAUUUACAGAGUUUCAGAGACAUGCCUUAACUUUCAAGGACAGUUACUUUGGAACACAUGAACGUAAGGAGGGUCCGAAUUCAGGUGGAACUAACAACAAAAGAUGGGAGCUCUCUGUGGAGGAUAUUGAAGGUGAAUACUGGCGGAUUGUUGAGCAACCAACAGACGAGGUUGAGGUUGACUAUGGAGCUGACUUGGAAACAGGAGUAUUUGGAAGUGGUUUUCCCAAGGCAUCAUCCAUAGGGACUAAGAGUGAUUCAGAUAUUUAUGCAAUGUCAGGCUGGAAUUUGAAUAACUUGCCUCGUCUGCCUGGUUCGGUACUAUGUUUCGAGGAAAGCGAUAUCUCAGGAGUUCUAGUCCCAUGGCUUUAUGUUGGGAUGUGCUUUUCGUCAUUUUGUUGGCAUGUUGAGGACCACCACCUCUAUUCCCUAAAUUAUCUGCACUUUGGUGACCCAAAAGUAUGGUAUGGAGUGCCCGGCAGCCGUGCUACCUCUUUGGAACAAACAAUGAGAAAGCAUUUGCCGGAUUUGUUUGAGGAACAACCUGAUUUACUCAAUGAACUGGUCACUCAGCUAUCUCCUUCAGUUUUAAAAUCUGAGGGUGUACCUGUGCAUCGAGUUGUCCAACAUUCUGGGGAGUUUGUUCUGACCUUCCCGAGAGCAUAUCACGCUGGAUUUAAUUGCGGCUUCAACUGUGCCGAGGCAGUAAAUGUCGCACCUGUUGAUUGGUUACAACACGGCCAAACUGCAGUUGAGCUUUACAGUAAACAGUGUCGCAAGACAUCAUUGUCGCAUGACAAAUUGUUACUGCAGUCAGCUCUGGAAGCUGUGCAGGUUCUCGGAGAAAUAUCACUCGGAAAAAAGUUGACCAGCAAUCAGAAUUGGCAAAAAGUCUGUGGCAAAGAUGGUGUGCUCACCAAAGCAGUUAAGCGACGAGUGGACAUGGAGGAGGAAAGACUGGAUCGUCUUCCAAUUUGUUGGAAGUCGCAAAAGAUGGAAAGAGACUUUGAUUCAAACACUGAGAGAGAAUGUUUUUCUUGCUUCUAUGACUUGCACUUAUCUGCUGCCAGCUGCAACUGCUCUCCUGACCGAUUUUCAUGUCUGAAACAUGCAAGGCACUUCUGCUCAUGUGAAAAGACUCAGAGAUAUAUCCUUCUCCGCUACACUGUCGAGGAAUUAAAUAUGCUGGUUAAAGCAUUGGAAGGGGAGUUGGCUGCCAUUCAUGCAUGGGCAUCUAAGGAUUCUGAAGUAGUUUCUAUAGACUGCACUAGUAGGUUUGCGGUUAAGAAGCCUAAGCUGGAUCAGGCUUGCGAUCCAAUGGAAAUUGUGCCUGACUACCCAGUUGUAGAAAAUAAGGUUAACAGGAUUGGAUCUUGCAGUUCCUCUAGUCAUGAUUCUUCUGCAGUAGUUCAGUCAGGGUCACAGGAUGAUCAGACUGGAGAUCAAUCUUUAGUUGUGAAUGCUGAACCAAAGAUGGAGCAUGAUUGCAGUUUUGAUUUGAAUCUCAAUUGUACUUCUGAUGAAAAUGAAAGCAAGAUAAUUGACGUAUCUGACGUGUGUGAUAAUAAGGCUAGCACAAUUGAGGAAGAUAUAUCCACAUCAAUGUCCAAUCAAGAGAAGGCCAGCACAUCUGAGAGUAACAAGUUGUUUGGUGUUGAUCUGGGCUUAUCACGUCCUGUUUCAAACAUAGCACCAAUCAGUUCUUCGGAAACUGAAACUACUGAUACCUCUGCUGUGAAUGCAUCCAUGAGACAACAAAGCAAUCAAUUAAGACGUCUGAGUCUUGUUGAGCCUUUGAAUUUCGGAUCUGUCAUGACUGGGAAAUAUUGGUGCACUAAGCAUGCCAUGUAUCCCAAAGGGUUUAGAAGCCGAAUAAAGUUCUUCAGUGUGUUGGACCCAACAAAGCUGUGUAGUUAUAUAUCAGAAGUGUUAGAUGCUGGGCUUCUUGGACCCCUUUUUAAGGUCAGUUUAGAAGAAUGCCCAGGGGAGUCUUUUGCAAAUGUAUCAGCAGACAAGUGCUGGGAGAUGGUACUAAAUAAACUAAACAGUGAAAUAAGUAGACGGAGUAGUCUAGGGGAAAGAGGGCUACCCCCUUUACAAUCUUUGCAGAGCAUUAACGGGUUUGCAAUGUUUGGCUUUCUCUCCCAACCCAUUGUUGAGGCUAUUGAGGAUCUUGAUCCCAAUCAUCAAUGCACGGAGUAGUGGAAUCACAAGCAUAAGCAGCAGCUAUCAUCUGUACAAUGCUCUGGAGUGCUGCAGACAAAACUAUUUGGUAUGAGCAUGACGAACGAGGAGCAAAACAAUCCAUCCGCGAAGGGCCAACACUCGAUCGAUGAGAUGCAGUUAGUAUUACGAAGACUCUUAGAGAAAGCCAAUCCGACCCCUGAAGAGUUCAGGACAUUACAUAGAAUCUUCUCCAGCCAGUCACCCGAAUCGAGAGUGGCCUGCACAGACUUGAUUGAAGAGUUGCAGAGAAAUGUAGAUAUCAGGAAGCCGUAGAGAUUCCCCACCCAACCCAUCAUUCUUUCUCAUUCAAGGUAAGCUAGCUAGCAACUUAGUCAUUCGUUAGGCUCUAUUCUUGGGUCGAAAAAAUCCAUAAAAGAGAGGAAAGAGGGAUUCUGGAUCUUGAGCUGGGCACAAAAUAUUUGCAAAGUUGCUUACUCAUGAAACUGAAUUCUACAGUUUUGGUUUUUUGAUGAUCAGGCCAAUAAUGCUGUUUCUUCUUCUAGUACUAACCUCCCAGUCUUAACAAUUCUAGGCU